AUGAUGCAUUGUGCCGUGCUAAAUCGCACUAGAAACCGAUUGUUACACAGCAUAUCGACAUCGCCGUCCAAAAUCCGAGUGCCAAGGCUGGCCUACUCUCACCCCAUUCCGGAAAAAUUCCAACGCACGAAGUCAAUCACAGGACCUCUUGAGAGGCCUGAAGACGUGCAGGACGAAAGUAUUGACCGAGGUAUCAAGAAACGAAUUGACUCUGCCAUUGGCCACAAUGCUAUUCUGUAA